CUAAUUUGUUGCUUACUUUUUUUCUUUUUCUUUAUUUUCUGAAAUUCAUCAGUAUUUAUUCUGGUAGAAAAAAGGCUGCUUCUUAAUUAAAGAUCGUCCAAAACCGAUCGUCUGCUUAGGAAAGGCCAAUUGAGAGAAGACAGAAAGGAGAUCUGUUUGGUUUUCUGGUCAACUAAAGCGAUGGGUCUCUGGGAAGCUUUCCUCAAUUGGCUUAGAAGCCUUUUCUUCAAGCAAGAAAUGGAGCUUUCUCUAAUAGGUCUUCAAAAUGCUGGGAAAACUUCACUUGUAAACGUUGUUGCUACUGGUGGAUAUAGUGAAGAUAUGAUACCCACGGUUGGAUUUAAUAUGCGAAAAGUCACAAAAGGCAAUGUCACAAUAAAGCUGUGGGAUCUUGGAGGUCAACCCAGAUUCCGGAGUAUGUGGGAAAGAUAUUGUCGUGCAGUCUCAGCCAUUGUCUAUGUUGUAGAUGCUGCCGAUCAUGACAACAUAAGUAUCUCCAAAAGCGAACUCCAUGAUCUGUUGAGCAAACCAUCCUUAAGUGGCAUUCCUUUACUGGUUUUGGGUAAUAAAAUCGACAAGCCUUCAUCACUGUCCAAGCAAGCACUGACUGAUCAAAUGGGUUUAAAGUCAAUCACUGAUAGGGAGGUAUGCUGCUUUAUGAUCUCUUGCAAGAACUCGACCAACAUUGACCAGAUUGAAUAUUCUUCUUUUCUGGCCAACAGGCUGGCUGCUUCUUUUGACCUUUUCUUCAAGCAAGAAAUGGAGCUUUCUCUAAUAGGUCUUCAAAAUGCUGGGAAAACAUCACUUGUAAAUGUUGUAGCUACUGGUGGAUAUAGUGAAGAUAUGAUACCUACGGUUGGAUUUAAUAUGCGGAAAGUCACAAAAGGAAAUGUAACAAUAAAGUUGUGGGAUCUUGGAGGUCAACCCAGAUUCCGGAGUAUAUGGGAAAGAUAUUGUCGUGCAGUAUCGGCCAUUGUCUAUGUUGUUGAUGCUGCCGAUCAAGAUAACAUUAGUAUCUCCAAAAGCGAACUCCAUGAUCUAUUGAGCAAGCCAUCACUAAGUGGCAUUCCUUUGCUGGUUUUGGGUAAUAAAAUCGACAAGCCUUCAGCAGUGUCCAAGCAAGCAUUGACUGAUCAAAUGGGUUUGAAGUCAAUCACUGAUAGGGAGGUAUGCUGCUUUAUGGUCUCUUGCAAGAACUCGACCAACAUUGACCAGGUCAUUGACUGACUGGUCAAACAUUCUAAGUCGAAAAGCUAAGUACAAUAACGAGCUUUUUUAUUUUAUUUUUUAUUAUUUUUUUGGAGGGAGAAGUGAAUUUCAAGUUUCUUGUUGUAAGUGACCAAUUUGAAAAAUUCUUCUUUUCUGGCCAAUUGGCUGGUUGCUUCUUUUGUGGUUGUCUUCUGUAUUAUAUAGCAAUUCAUAUUUUUGUUUUCUGAUUUCAACCUUGGUGUUGUUGAAGAGGGUUUUCCUUUGUAUUGGAUGGCUGUUAAUUUAGUUUUCUUCGAAUGAUUACAUCCUUGUCCUGUUCGUUUUCUUGUUGGUGCAAAUUAUGUUACGAUCCGAAAUU